AUGUUGGCCCUGCACCAGCUCCCUCCGAAGGAAGAGCGCUUCCGGCAAGUCCUCGCCAAUCAGCGGGUCCCCGUAACAGAUGAAGAUAAUAUGGAAGAUGGUUGUUCUCAGAAACUAGCCUCUGCCAAAUACUUCCGACUCUUGUUAUUAAUACUGAUUCCAUGCAUCUGUGCUCUUAUACUUUUGUUGGUGAUCCUUAUUACAUUUGUAGGUGUGUUGGGGAAAAAAUGCUUUUAUUCAAAUGGAAGUAACUUAUUUGAUACUAAUGGUGACAGUGAGAUGCUUGGCAUUCCUUUUCCAAACAUGACUGCACAUGGUUCAAAUACAGCUCCUUCAAUGGGGAACAAAAUGCAGCUACCUUCUUGGACCGCAAACCCAUUAUUUCACAUUGACCACAUACAUAAAAAUGUUACUAUACGUAAGGGAGCUACACAGGUUGCCUCUCAAACUCCAGUACAGAAAACUACUCCUGCAGAUGAAAGUUUUUUAACUGAAGCCCCUGAAGAUAGCUCCUGGUCAUUAGCCAAAACAGAAGACACCCCAUGGUCAACGGACACACCUAUGAAGGUCAUAGAAAAGACAUCAUCUCUCCCUGUGCUGAAACCUACAAAUCCGUCAGCAGUGCAAGGAAUGGAUUUGAAAAAAAGUUCCUGCAUAAAUAUUACCUACAGCCAGUGCCAAAUGCUGCCAUAUAACAGCACCACUUUAAGACCAGUCCUUUCUAUUGUCAAAAGCAUUGAAAUGGAAAGAUUUCUCAAGUUCUUCAGUUAUCUCAACCGCCUCAGCUGCUAUCAACACAUCAUGCUGUUCGGAUGUAGUCUUGCUCUUCCUGAAUGCAUCACUGAUGGCGAUAACAGUCAUGGGCUCCUGCCUUGUAGAUCAUUUUGUGAGGCUGCAAAAGAAGGAUGUGAACCAGUUCUUGGGAUGGUGAAUUCUUCUUGGCCUGAGUUCCUUGCCUGUUCCCAGUUUCAAAACAAAACUGAAAAUGUCAACACCACCAGGGUCUGCUUCUCCCCACAACAAGAAAAAGGAAAGCGAUUGCUUUGUGAAGGGGACGAGAGCUUCUUGUGCAGAAGUGGAAUUUGCAUCCCAGGGAUACUUCAGUGCAAUGGCUACAAUGAUUGUGAUGACUGGAGCGAUGAGGCACAUUGCAAUUGCAGUGAAGGAGUUUUCCGCUGCAACACAGGAAAAUGCCUCAAUUACACCUUUGUUUGUGAUGGGUACGAUGACUGUGGAGACAUAAGUGAUGAACAGAAUUGUGAUUGUAAUCCAGUAACUCAACACCGAUGUGGAGAUGGGAGAUGCAUAUCAACGGACUGGGUGUGUGAUGGUGACCAUGAUUGUACCGAUAAAUCAGAUGAGGCGAACUGUUCAUGCCACAGCCAGGGGUUGGCAGAAUGCAGAAAUGGUCAAUGUGUUCCAAGUGCUUUCCAGUGUGAUGGAGACAAUGACUGUAAGGAUGGAAGUGAUGAAGAGAACUGCAAUCAAAGUCAAACACCAUGUCAGGAAGGAGAUCAGAAAUGUACUUCUACUUCCUGUCCUGAUUCCUGUAGCUACUCUCCUCUCUGUGAUAUGAAUAAUAGCCGAGCAAACUGUAGUCAGUGUGAACCAAUUACACUGGAACUGUGCAUGAACCUGCCUUAUAAUUAUACUAAUUAUCCCAACUACUUGGGCCAUCGGACACAGAAAGAAGCCUCCAUCAGCUGGGAAUCCUCCCUCUUCCCAGCCUUGGUUCAGACUAACUGUUAUAAAUACCUUAUGUUUUUUGCCUGCACAAUCUUGGUGCCAAAAUGCGACCUUCAAACAAAUCAUCGUAUUCCACCAUGCAGGGCACUUUGUGAACAGUCCAAGGAACGAUGUGAAUCUGUUCUUGGAAUUGUGGGUUUACAAUGGCCAGAAGACACUGAUUGCUCUCAGUUCCCAGAAGAAAACUCAGACAACCAAACUUGUCUAACACCUAAUGAAGAUGUAGAAGAGUGUUCACCCAGCCACUUCAAAUGCCGUUCAGGGAGGUGUGUCUUGGCUUCCAGAAGAUGUGAUGGACAGGCAGACUGUGAAGAUGACAGUGAUGAAGACAACUGUGGUUGCAAAGAAAGAGGUCUUUGGGAAUGUCCAUCAAGCAAACUGUGUAUCAAACAUACAAUGAUAUGUGAUGGUUUUCCGGACUGUCUUGACAAUAUGGAUGAAACAAAUUGCUCAUUUUGCAAAAAGGAUGAGAUUACAUGUGCCAAUCAUGAUUGUGUGCCUCGUAAAUGGUGGUGUGAUGGGCAGAUAGACUGUGCUGACAAAUCAGAUGAAUGGAACUGCGUGGUCCUGUCUGAAAACAGGAGCUCCUUGAUGUUCCUGACUGUUCACAGGUCAGCUACCGAUUACCACAUAUGUGCUGAUGAAUGGGAAGAAAAUUUAAGCCAUUUGGCGUGCAAACAAAUGGGUUUAGGGGGGCCACCAGUGACAGAAAUGGUUCCAGAGUAUAAGCAGCCACAUCAUGAGAAAUGGUUGAAUCUACACUCUGACUGGGAGAGCAAAAACACAUCCACACUACAGAGCCUUUUAGUGACAGGGUUGCCAUGCAGAAGCAGGAGAAUGGUUUCCCUUCUCUGCUCCAAAGAAGAUUGUGGGCGUCGCCCUGCAGCUCGCAUGAGCAAGAGGAUCCUUGGUGGCAGGACAAGUCGGCCAGGACGGUGGCCUUGGCAGUGCUCCCUGCAGAGUGAACCAAGUGGACAUAUAUGUGGCUGUGUUCUCAUUGCAAAGAAAUGGGUCUUGACAGUGGCACACUGCUUUGAAGGGAGAGAAAACCCUGCUGUGUGGAAAGUAGUGUUUGGCAUCAACAACUUGGAUCACCCUUCAGUCUUCAUGCAGACCCGCAUGGUGAAAACGAUUAUUCUGCACCCCCGCUAUAACCGUGCUGUAGUGGACUAUGAUAUAAGCAUUGUGGAACUCAAUGAAGACAUCAACGAGACAAGCUACGUAAGGCCAGUUUGCCUACCCAGCAGGGAGCAGCUAGUUGAGCCAAAUACCUAUUGCUUUAUCACCGGUUGGGGACACAUGGGCAACAAAAUGCCUUUCAAACUCCAGGAAGGAGAAGUUCGUAUUAUUUCCUUAGAACAGUGCCAGUCGUACUUUGACAUGAAGACUAUCACCGCCAGGAUGUUGUGCGCAGGCUAUGAAUCUGGCACUGUGGACUCUUGCAUGGGUGACAGCGGAGGACCUCUUGUGUGUGAGCAGCCUGCUGGACGCUGGACAUUGUUUGGUUUAACUUCCUGGGGGUCCGUUUGCUUUUCCAAAGUUUUGGGACCAGGAGUUUACAGUAAUGUGUCCCAUUUUAUUGAAUGGAUUGAAAGGCAAAUCUACAUCCAAACAUUUCUGCUCCGCUGAGUCUUCUGCAUUGAAAUUCUAUGCUAACUGACAAAAGGCAAGGUCCAAGAGUACCGGAGUGAUGAAGGUAUUGAACUGAAGAAAUCUGGUGAAUUAUAGAUUCUAUGGGUUGCAGAUGGCAAUCAAUAGAACAAUGUAAAAGAAUUUGUAAAUCCUCUGGUACCAAAGGUGCUUCUGGGUAAUGAUCAAAUGUUUUUGUAAUGAUUUUCUGACAUUUUUCUUUAGCUGUGUUGUGUUAGGUUUCACAUAGACUCACAACAAAAUGCAUAAAGGAAGAG